AUGCUCAUGUUGUUAUUUGUUUACAUUUUACACUCGUUUCUGAUUGUUAUCUAUAAUGAGCAUCUGUUCAAUGGUAAUAUGCAUCUAGAAACAACAACAAAUUUACCUGAUGAUGAAGGACAAUCAUCAGUUUGCUUUUCGGACUUGUACAAUCUCUAUGAAAUCAUUGGAAAGGGUCCGUUUAGUGUAGUCCGUCGAUGUACGAACAAAUCAGGCGACAAACAAUUUGCAGUUAAAAUCAUCGAUAUUGAACAAUUUACAACUACGCCAGGCUUUUCAGCCGAAGAUUUACAACGCGAAGCAACCAUUUGUGCAAGCCUUAAACAUCCUCACGUUGUCGAACUGUAUGAAACAUUCGAAUCUGAAGGAUGUCUAUUUAUGGUUUUCGAAUAUAUGGACGGUGCGGAUCUAUGUUUCGAAAUUGAAAAACGUGCUCUAGCUGGUUUUGUCUACAGUGAAGCUGUUGCUAGUCAUUAUAUGCGCCAAAUAUUUGAAGCUGUUCGUUAUAUUCAUGACCGUGGCAUCAUUCAUCGUGAUCUGAAACCGCAUUGUGUUUUACUAUCUUCGAAAGAAAAUGCUGCACCCGUUAAACUAGGUGGUUUCGGUGUAGCCUUACAAUUACCGGAAUCAGGUAUAAUCCAAGCUAGUCGAAUCGGCACACCGGCAUUCAUGGCACCAGAAGUAGUCAAUCGAGAAUCACCCGGCUUUGGUCGACCAGUAGAUAUGUGGGCAUUAGGUGUUAUGUUAUACGUUCUACUCACGGGCACAUUACCAUUUGCUGGUACAAAGAAUCGUGUAUUUGAAAUGAUUUCCACAGGUGUUUAUAGUAUGCAAAGCCGACAAUGGGAUCAAAUAUCCGAAUCAGCCAAAGAUCUCUGCUCUCGUCUAUUAUGUUUUGAUCAAAAUGAAAGAAUAACAAUAAAAGAAGCACUUGCACAUCCAUGGAUUCGAGAGCGUGAAAAAUUUGCUGUGCGAAAACAUAUACCAGACACUGUCGAAGAGCUUCGCAAAUUCAACGCCAGAAGGAAACUGAAAGGCGUAGUCUUAGCAGCUGUUUCCAGUCCUCAUUGGUCUCAAUUACCGUUUCACUCGUUGAUGACAACGUCGAAUUCAUCAUCGGGUCUGCCAGGACACACAUUGGCAACACCAUCGUUAAAUGAAUUUGAUGAUAUGGCGUCAUCUGCGGUUUCGCAAAUAUUGGAUUCGCUAGAAGAUACUCAAUGGUUAACAAUUGGUGAUCGUGUGGAACUUGAUUUUCUUCAGAAAUUGUUCGAAGACAAACAACUACGAACACUACUUGAAUUAUAUGAUCACAUCAAUUCAGAUGAAAUUCGCCCAUAUAGUACUCCGGAAUCAAAUGCUGUACAGGUUGUCUCGGAUAUAAUAACUGCCAUUGAACAAGGUUCUUAUCAGCACACAUCUGGCAAUACUCAUGAUCUAUUGAAUAUUCUUUUGGAACCACAUAUACAGUUUCUCUUAAUUGUAAGCAGAGCUAUCGAGAGAAUGUCACUUUUACAAGCACAUGAUGUUGUUGCUCAAGAAGUUUAUGGCGAUGGCGCCAUACGUGUUACACCGGCAUUUUUUGGCCAAAACACAUUAACGUCAGACACUAAUUACAAUAAUGACUACGGUGGCCACAAUGGUAGUAGUGUGUUAGAUGAAAAUCGAGUUGCUGGUGAUAAUGGAGUAACCGAUAACAUAUGCGAUGUUACGCGUAUACGACUUGUUCAAUUUCAACGAAAUACCGAUGAACCACUAGGUAUUACACUUCGUAUGACGGAAAACAAACGAUGUGUUGUUUCGCGUAUACUCAAUGGUGGUAUGAUACAUCGUCAAGGUACAUUACAUGUAGGUGACGAAAUCAAAGAAAUCAACGGUCAGCCGGUUUCAAACCAUCCGAUUCAAUAUUUACAACAAAUGCUGAAAGAUGCUCGUGGUAGUAUAACAUUCAAAAUAGUGCCAAGUUAUCGAAGUCAACCACCACCUUGUGAUAUCUAUGUCAAAGCUUUGUUUCACUACGAUCCAAAAGAUGAUGAUUUAAUUCCAAGUGCACAAGCAGGAAUUAAAUUUGUCAUUGGAGAUAUUCUUCAAAUCAUUUCCAAAGAUGAUCAUAACUGGUGGCAAGGCAAAAAAGUGACAUCGUAUCGACACAUCGACGAACGAAUGAUCAAUAGCUAUCAUGGCGAAUAUGAUAAUUCACCAGCAGGAUUGAUACCAUCUCCCGAAUUACAAGAAUGGAGAAUUGCGACGAAUGCAAUCGAUAAAGCGAAAGAUGGAAAUGCUAAUUGUGGUGUGUUUGGACGUAAACGAAAAGUAAUGAGAGACAAAUACUUGGCUAAACACAAUGCGGUGUUUGAUCAACUUGAUUUGGUGACAUACGAAGAAGUCAUACGUUUACCUGAAUUCCGUCGGAAAACGCUCGUUUUACUUGGAGCACACGGUGUUGGUCGUCGUCAUAUAAAAAACACACUGAUUACUAGUCAACCAAAACGUUUUGCUUAUCCAAUUCCACAUACGACACGAUUGCCGAAGAAAGAUGAAGAAAACGGCAAAAAUUACUUUUUUGUUACUCACGAAGAAAUGAUGCGUGAUAUAGCGAAUAACGAAUAUCUCGAGUACGGCACACAUGAUGAUGCCAUGUAUGGAACGAAAUUAGAAACGAUACGAAACAUUAAUCGACAAGGUCUCAUGGCUAUUCUCGAUGUAGAACCACAAGCAUUGAAGGUCUUACGUACAGCUGAAUUUGCACCGUAUGUUGUUUUCAUUGCUGCACCGGACCUUUCCCAAAUCAAAGGUGUCAAUGAUGAAAGUUUAGAACGGUUGGUAAAAGAAAGUGAACUGUUGCAACAAGCCUAUGGCCAUUAUUUCGAUUUAAUCAUUGUUAAUAACGAUAUCGAAGAGACUAUUCGUGCAUUGCAAUAUGCCAUUGAACGAGUUAGUCAUCAAUCUCAGUGGGUACCUGUUAGUUGGGUUUACUAG